GGGCUUUGGGAAUAGAGCGAGGAGACCGCAGAGAGCGACGACAUCUCGCCCAGCAAGCUACGUCUGCGGCAGACACUUCCGCCGAACCCUCCCUCUCUUCCCCUCUCCCCCCCCACCUGCUGUGUAGGACGAUGAAGGCACCACGCUUCAAGGCCGUCUUCUUCGACAUGGGCGGUGUCUGCGUCCACAGCCCGCUCGAGGGGAUACGCACCUUCGAGCGUCAGAACGGAAUUCCAGAAAACUACCUGAACGUCGCAAUCUCAGUUCAGGGCGAGCAUGGAGCGUUUCAGAAGCUGGAGCGUGGGGAAUUGAAACUGUCAGAAUUCUAUCCCGAGUUCGGGAGGCAAUGCUCCGACCACGCGACGAACGCAAAGGCAUAUGUAGAGUAUCUCGUCAAGAAGGGCGGAGAACGAAUAUCAGAGGAUCAAAUACCACAGAUCACAGUCGAUGGCAAAGAGCUGUUCACUUUCAUGAUGGAAGAGGCACAGAAACCUGACUUGCUGGUCCUCAACGCCGUCCGCAAACUCAAAGAAAGCAAGCGCUUCAAGAUCGCUGCGCUGACCAACAACUUCCAAAGUGAAGAAACGCCGACCGCCGACCCCGAUUCAGCAGGACAGGCGUUCGGAAGACCACCCGCGGAGCUUGUAGCGCUGUUUGAUGAGUACAUCGAGUCGAGCCUUGUCGGUAUGCGCAAACCAGAUCCGGAGAUCUUUCGCUACGCGUGUGAUCGCAUGGGAGUGCAGCCGAGUGAGGCUAUCAUGUUGGAUGAUAUCGGCCCAAACCUCAAGGCAGCCAAGGAUGUCGGGAUGACACCCAUCCGAGUCUAUGUCGGUAGAUCCAAAGAAGCGAUCGAAGAGCUAGAAAAGUUAGUCGGCAUGAGUCUAUUAGAAAGCCGGGAACCUUCAAAUAGCAGACAGCUCCGUGACAGGCAGAAGACCGUUGUAGAAUCUUCACCACCACACGCCCGCCCAUCCACUCGCAGCACAUCGAUUCAGCGCAAUUCUUGCACGCACACUCGACCACCAACUGCUCGAUACGAUCGAAGUCGGCGUGGAGCGAGGCCUGCCGAUGGAGUUUGUCGAUGGACCUAAAAGUGCUCCUGGGCAUCGGCCGUUGAUUCCUUUUGCGGGGGAUGCGUGGGAUGGGUCUGACGAGCUCCGGACUAUGAAAUCGAUCCCGUUGGAUACGUACCGCGGUACAGCAACACUGGAGGGCAUCGAGCACGUGCUCUCGCUCACCCGCCGU